AUACCUGUUGAUUGAGGGCCUUAUUGCUUGACCGGAAUAGUUCUGACGCAGCGACUGAACAUGCCGUCCCGAAACUAUUCGAAUAUUGUGUCAGGCGAAUCCGUGAUGAGCGAAUACCUCCAGUAGAAGACAGUUCAGCGCCUUCAGGUCAUCGCUCAACCAUGGCCUCACUGGAAACAAGAAGACGCAAGACCGCUCAAUACGACCAAUUCCUGGCUCACGGCGGGCCAUGUCUAUGGUUACUGCUAUUUCUGGAGUUUCGACAUGGGCGCUUGAAUUCGCAGCAAGACCGAAUAAGAGCGAUAAGCCUGGCAAGAAAAGACGUUCCUAUGAACGCCGACUCCGCUGAGCCCCUCCCCGCUGUGUCUUCCCCCCACCCCCACCACCCCCGGGUAUGCCGGGGCAAUUCUCACCUCGUCAUUCAGCGGCAGCUUGGUUCGUCUCUAGGGCAAAAUCAAGGCCGCAGCAGAAAGCCACAGUCGUUCAUUCGGAUUAAGCCUAUGUUCUAACAGACCACAACCCCGUAUAUGACUUUACACUAUUAUUUUAAUCAUCCCACAGCCUCCCGGCAUUCAACAACCACCUUCUCCUGGUCUCCCAGGACCGACAUGAGAU